GCCGCCCGGGGAGGCCGGGCGCCGCCGCGGCCGUGUUCCCGCGGCGCGCCCCGCGCGGCCCCGGCGAGCGAGCAGAGCUGGCGGGGAGCGACCCGGCGUGCGGUGGCGGCGGCGGCGGCGGCGGCGGCCCGGCCAUGUCGGCCGAGGAGGUCGUGCAGAUCCGCCUGGAGGACCGCUAUUACCCGGUAAGCAAGAGGAAGCUCAUCGAGCAGAGCGACUACUUCCGCGCGCUCUACCGCUCCGGCAUGCGCGAGGCCCUGCGCCCCGAGGCCGGCGGCCCCGAGGUGCAGCAGCUGCGCGGCCUGAGCGCGCCGGGCCUGCGGCUCGUGCUCGACUUCAUCAACGCCGGCGGCGCCCGCGAGGGUUGGCAGCUGGGCCCGCGAGGCGACAAGGGCAGCCCGGGCGAUGGCGAGGAGGACCUGGACGAGGCGAGCCUACUGGCCGCGCUGGUGGAGGCGGCCUCCUUCCUGCAGGUCACGUCCCUCCUGCAGCUGCUGCUGUCCCAGGUGCGGCUCACCAACUGCCUGGAGCUGUACCGCCUGGCACAGGUGUACGGGCUGCCCGACCUGCAGGACGCCUGCCUGCGCUUUAUGGCCGUACAUUUCCACGAGGUGCUCUGCAAGCCCCAGUUCCACCUCCUGGCAUCGCCUCCCCCGCCCCCGGGCGACGUCAGCCUCAAGCAGAGGCUAAGGGAGGCCCGCAUGACGGGGACUCCGGUCCUCGUGGCCCUGGGGGACUUCCUGGGCGGGCCCCUGGCACCGCACCCCUACCAGGGGGAGCCUCCGUCCAUGCUCAGGUAUGAGGAGAUGACCGAGCGUUGGUUCCCGCUGGCCAACAACCUGCCACCCGACCUGGUCAACGUCAGGGGCUACGGCUCGGCCAUCCUGGACAACUACCUGUUCAUCGUGGGUGGCUAUAGGAUCACCAGCCAGGAGAUCUCCGCCGCGCAUUCCUACAACCCCAGCACCAACGAGUGGCUCCAAGUGGCCUCCAUGAACCAGAAGAGGUCCAACUUCAAGCUUGUGGCCGUGAAUUCCAAGCUGUACGCCGUGGGUGGCCAGGCCGUGUCUAAUGUGGAGUGUUACAAUCCCGAGCAGGACACCUGGAAUUUUGUGGCACCCUUACCCAAUCCUCUGGCCGAGUUCUCUGCGUGCGAGUGUAAGGGCAAGAUUUAUGUCAUUGGAGGCUACACCACCCGAGACCGCAACAUGAACAUCCUGCAGUACUGCCCAUCGGCCGACAUCUGGACGCUGUUCGAGACAUGCGACGUGCACAUCCGCAAGCAGCAGAUGGUGUCGGUGGAGGAGACCAUCUACAUCGUGGGGGGCUGCCUGCACGAGCUGGACCCCAACCGCAGGGGCAGCCAGAGCGAGGACAUGCUCACCGUGCAGUCCUACAACACCGUCACGCGGCAGUGGUUCUACCUCAAGGAGAACACGUCCAAGUCGGGGCUCAACCUGACGUGUGCGCUGCACAACGACGGCAUCUACAUCAUGAGCAGGGACGUGACCCUGUCCACCAGCCUGGAACACCGGGUUUUCCUCAAGUACAACAUCUUCUCCGACAGCUGGGAAGCCUUCCGGCGCUUCCCAGCCUUUGGCCACAACCUGCUGGUCUCCUCGCUGUACCUGCCCAACAAGGCAGAAGCGUGACCAGGGCUGACAUUGUGUUGUGGUGGUGACAGGGUGCCAUCUCCCGGGAAGGUUGAUUGGAAAGGGGAGGUGUGGGUCACACGUGUUCAGUACCGGCUGUAAAUAAGCUUCCUUGAACUAAUUACUUGAAAACACAUAGGCGGGAGGGUCGGGAGGGGAUGAGGGAUGGAGACCAAAACAAUGAGUUUUUAAAGGAUUGAUUCUGAAAUGAUGGGAGCAAGUCCACCAGGACACGUUCAUGCAGACACGAUCCCCUGGGGCCCGUCGUUCAAGGGUGGGACCCCCAAGUCUGCUGGCUAGAGGACCAAAGGCAGGGAGAGGGCUGUGAGUGGGCAGGUGACUUGAAAACUGUCACUGUGUUCGCUCGAGAUCUCUUCGGUCCCUUCAGUGAGAGGUCUCUCUAUUGGUCAGUUUACUUGAGGGGCCUCCCAUUGCACUGCCAUCCUCCCUCCUCUCCCCUGUGCCCCACUCACACCCACUCGUGCUUCUAGUGUGUUUACAACAGGGUUCCGUGUUUGGAUAGUUGACCUGCCUGCGACCGUUCAAGACACAUAGGCCCAAGAACCUCUUUGGAAUCCUCCCCAGAACUCAGGGGGGACCAUCCUCUGCUGGCUUGCCAGUGUUUUUUUUUUUUUUUUUUUUUUAUGAUUGUGAAUGCUCCACCCAGAGGUGAGUGGGCAACAGACGUAGUCAUGGCCACCAGGCAUUCCGUGUUGUUCCAAGGGGGAGCUGUGUGAAGGGCUGACACUCUGUGGCCAUCUCAAACUCCAGGUCUAAAGUUUCAGUGGGAUGGCAACACCAAGUAAGAAAAGCAGUAUUUUUUUUUACCUGUAAAAAUUACGUUACGUGGAAUGUAUCAAGCUUAGUUUUUAAUACCCCAAACACAACACUUUCGUCUCUGCAUCCGGCUGCAUUGAUUGGAGCUUUGUCAUUUGUGUUUUGCCCUCGUGCGCUGAGGUGAGAAUGGCAUAAGACGUUUCUUCCAGAGAGGCA